AUGCUUCCAAAUGCAGCAGUUUGUUCGGGAUGGACUUGGCCGGACGCAGAAAGCAGCGUCCAUCAAGCGAGGAAUCGACGAAGGCUUGCAAGCAGUGCAAGCGGUGAGGGGGAUAGUGGACAAGCGAUACAGGCCGCACUAGAAGCCGCCAUCGCCUGGGUUGGCAUCUGCCUUGAACUAGAGAUACUUUCGAACCCCGUCACUGAGUCACGCGACAAUCGCAAUGGCAUCGUCUACGUCCUGUCAAGACUGGAGUGGUAUUGGAACCUGGUGUCCCUGCUUCUCGAUAAGAACAAGGCUGAGCAAUCUUCCGCGGGACUGCGAGUCCAACUGGAGAAGCACGUCGUGCAGCUGUACGGGAAACUUUUGUCGUAUCAGAUACAGAGCAUCUGCCUUUACCACCGGAACUGGGCUGCCGUCAUUGGAAGGGAUCUGCUCAAGAUCGACGACUGGGCUGGCCAGCUCAGCGAGAUCCAGAAAGCCGAGGCUGCCGUGCAAAGAGACAUGGAACAAUACAAUACCGAAAAGAGUAAGAUCUAUCUCCGGGACCUUGCCGUUGCCGCAUGGUCUCAGGAGGCGAAGCUUCAAGAUAUCCAUUCGGCCAUCGAGGACCAAACACGACAGCAAGAGAAGAGAUACCAAGACGUCAGGUACGACAAAUGUAUGCAGGAUCUGCACGGUGGCCUGCUCAGGGACUCGUAUCGCUGGAUUCUUGACCACGUAGACUUCCAGCGAUUUCGCGAUGAUCCGCAGAGCCGGCUGCUCUGGGUUAAGGGUGACCCUGGCAAAGGCAAGACCAUGCUCCUGUGCGGCAUCAUCGACGAGCUAGAGGAGGGAUUCAAUUGUCUUCUUUCCUAUUUCUUCUGCCAGGCCACUGAGACUCAACUAAGCAACGCGGCGUCUGUGCUGCGUGGCCUCAUCUACCUCCUCAUCCUCCAGCAACCAUCGCUGAUUUCGCGCGUCCGGUCCAAGUACGAUGGUACGGGCGAGAAACUCUUCCAGGGUAUUAAUGUCUGGGUGUCUCUGAUUGAGAUACUCACUCCGUCGAUUAACAUUAGGGGGCCUCGGGUCGCCGAUGCCGAUGGCCGGAUCGAGACUCGGAGAGUCAAAUGUGGCAUGACACCAGCAGUGUGGAUCAAUUCAGAGUUUCACGGGCUAACUUAUGUCGAAGCUUAUUAG